UUCACUCCCAAUGACACUGAAUCAUUUGACUCCAUCCAGAACCUUAUCCCUGUUUCUCCUGUGGGAUCAACCAAAGUUUUGAAUUCUCCUGUAACCUUGUCAGAAAUUACUGCAGAAGUGACAUAUGCAGACCUGAGGUUCACGACACUGGGAAAAUCCCAGGACCAGGAGCUCCAGACUGCCAGAGCAAAAGAUUCCCCUGGGCUGUCUUCUUGUUGGCAACUGGCUACAGUGGCUCUUGGGGUCUUCUGCCUAAGUUCAGUGGUAACUGCAGGAGUCCUGACUGCCAGGUGGAAUAAAUGUAUUCCUUGUCCCAAGAACUGGCUACAGUAUGGGGAGAACUGCUACCACUUUUCAAAUGAAUGGAAAACUUGGCAAGAAAGCAAGGAUAGAUGCUCGGCUCUGGAGUCCAGACUUCUUAAGACAGACUUCACAAUGGAAUCAGAACAGUCUUACAGUUCUUACUCCUUCUGGAUUGGGCUGUCUCGCAAUGGAUCGGAGGGGCCCUGGCUUUGGGAGAAUGGAUCAGGUUUCUCCCGUGAUCUGUUUCAGUUCCAACGAGCCAGCUCAAGUCCUUUCCUAGAUUGUGUGUGGUUUCAAGGUGCAAACAUAGACACUGCCCGGUGCAGCGAGUAUAAAUUUUACAUUUGUGAGAAACUGGUGGAUCCUGCCAUGGUUGAGCAAGUCAGCUACUUGGAGAGACACUAGUAUGCAGGGCUCUGCAGGGAGCCCUGUCCUGGGAUAUGCCACUGUGGGAGCGAGUUCUGCCCCAGGGCUUGUCCAGGGUUUGUGACAGAGAAAACUAGUCUGAGCUCAGGUUAAUCUAACAUCAGGGAUAAUCUAAACUGAACUUGCCCCCUGGUGAUGCACAACAGCCAGACUCCUCUUGGGCUUUUUCUUCAACAACUUCAUUCCCUCAUUCUUCUUUUUUCUUCUUUUCUUCUUUCUUCAUUCUUGUGUAAUGACUUCGAUCCACUCCUCAUAAAUUCCUUUCUAAAUGAAACAAAAUUAAGUAUAUGAUUACAGAACUUUACUUUAAAUAUUCAUACCUAUCUCCCAGAAACAGGAAUCAACAAAUGUUUGUUAGAGCAACAGAUCGUGUUUUCAAAAUCCAUCCAUUGGGUAUUCACAGAUGUGAGCUCCCAGUUUACAACACAUUUCCAAAUAUUUAAUUUCACUCCCCACCAACUGAUAACUAGAAAGUGCAACAGAAUCAGAGCCUGCAUUAAAAGACAAAUAAAUGUAUAUAUAAUUCUCCUAGUUAGAGAGAAAAGCUUUCAAAUGGGAUUAUAUGCCUUAUGGGUCAAAGAACAGAAGGUAAAUGCAGAACACAUCUUUAAUGAGGAAAGUCAGCAACAUUUAAUGCCCAGGAAUGCCAGUCCAGCUGCUAGUGGAUUGUUCUGCUGCAUCGGGUGUUAGGGGGAAGGUGCAUUCCUCUAAGGCAUCUGUCUUGAUAAUUAUCCAUGCCACAUCUGAUCCAGUUCUUCAAUUUCUAAAAUCCAUUUUCCAUUCUGUUGCAGAAUUUCACAAAUGAAAUAAAUAUUGCUGCUACUGA